AGGAGCUGCUACAAAUUUGCAGUGAAUUUGUUUUUGAUCCCGUACGCUGGCCCCAUGAUGUGAUGCUGAAUGAUUUCAUGAACAUAGGAAAGCUGUUCAAUGCAAAAAGAUCAGUUGUUCGGGUCCCUGAUCUUGAUCCAAAAUAUAAGAUUGCACUUCUUGCUUCAAACCAGGACCAUUGCCUUGUGGAUGUAUUGCAUGAUUGGCAAGAUGGUAGGCUUCCCGUGGAUAUAAGUUGUGUAAUAAGCAAUCAUGAUAGAGCUCCAAAUACUCACGUUAUAAAUUUUCUUAAGAGACAUGGCAUUCCAUAUUAUUAUCUGCCGGCUGACGAAGGAAAUAAAAGAGAAAGGGAGAUUCUCGAUUUAGUUAAAGGCACUGAUUUUCUUGUUCUGGCCAGAUACAUGCAGGUACUGCACUUCUAACUCUAAGCUCUUUUA